UGUCUUCACACCGCAUGGCAGAGAGUACACGGGACUGCGUGGAGGUGCGCAGCGAUUAGCUAAUCUUCAUCUCAUCUAAAGACUCGCAGAUUAAAAACAAAAUGUCACAGUUACAGGCGAGGUUUUUCACCGAGGACAAACGGUAUGUGGUGGACGACGUUCCGUUCUCCGUGCCGGCGGCGUCACAAGUCCAGGACCUCAGUAACGUCAUCAACAAGCUGCUGGAGGCUAAACAUGGGUCUCACACCAAGGUGGAGUUUGACUUCCUGGUCAAGGGCCAGUUCCUGCGAGUCCCUCUGUCCACUCACAUGGACACUGAGGGGAUUUCAUCGGAAGACGUGGUGGAGAUAGAGUACGUGGAGCGGAUCACGGCCCCCGAGCCACAGGAGUGUAUGAUGCACGAUGACUGGAUCAGCUCCGUGGAUGCAGACGCUGAGUGGAUCCUGACAGGUUCCUACGACAGGACGGCCAGGAUCUGGUCUGUGGAGGGGAAGGCCGUGACGACGGUGGCUGGACACUCGGAUGUGGUCAAAGACGUGGCCUGGGUCAGGAGAGACGGUCUGACCUCUCUGCUCCUGACGGCGUCUCUGGACCAGACGGUCCUGCUGUGGGAGUGGAACUCUGAGAAGAACCAGCUGAAAGCCCGGCACUGCUGUCGAGGACACACAGGAAGUGUCGACACCGUGUCCACAGACCCCGCAGGCUCCAAGUUCUGCAGCGGCUCCUGGGACCGAAUGUUGAAGAUCUGGUCAGCAGUGCCCACAGACGAGGCGGACGAGGUAGAGGAGCCCGCGGACAGACCGAGGAAGAAGCAGAAGACUCAGCAGCUCGGCCUCAMCAGGACCCCCAUCAUGACCUUAUCUGGACACAGCGAAGCCGUGUCCUCGGUCCUGUGGUGCAGCGGUGAGGAGGUCUGCAGUGCAUCAUGGGAUCACACCAUCCGGCUGUGGGACGUUGAGUCUGGAACCAUGAAGACCACGCUGACGGGCAGUAAAGUGUUUAACUGCGUCUCCUUCUCUCCGUUGUGUCGACGGCUGGCCUCAGGCAGCACAGACAGACACGUACGACUCUGGGACCCUCGCACCAAAGACGGAGCUCUGGUGCUGCUGUCUCUGACCUCACACACAGGCUGGGUCACCGCCGUCAAGUGGUCUCCGUCCAACGAGCACCAGCUGGUCUCUGGGUCUCUGGACAACCUGGUUAAACUGUGGGACACCAGAAGCUGUAAGGCUCCUCUGUACGACCUGGCGGCCCACGAGGACAAAGUGUUUUGUGUGGACUGGACAGAAAGUGAUCUGAUGCUGAGCGGCGGCGCAGAUAACAAGCUGUACACCUACAGAUACGCAGGAGCAUAGGAUACAACUUCUGCUGCAUAAAAAAACUUUGAUUUGUUCAUACUGUUUUUGGUUUUUGUCUUACUUUUCUUUGGACAUAUAAAUUAACUUUUUAUCUCCCUAAA